AUGGAAACCAAUCAGCUUCCAGGAUUUAAUGUCCAAGCGUCAGAACAAGCUGUAGUUAGAAGCCGAUUGGCUGCCACGCACAGCUGCACCAGACUUUGCACUCUCCAGUUUUAGUAACUCAAACCCACACUUCUGUUAACCUCCCUAGCGGUAAUCCCGAGUGUAGCUCGGGUUAAAAUGUCUAUACCAAAAGCGGUAACCCCGAGCUACACUCGGGCUUACCAUGCAGCGCUGUAUAGGGAUUCCCUGCAGAGCUUACCUUGUCCUUCGCUCCCGCGGUGUGUCCCCUGCAGCGUCCCCGGCCAUCUCCUCCGGCAGAUGCCGGCAUCCGGCUCCUGUGUUCCGGUCCCUGUGACGUCGGGACGUACGGGCGGCGGCGGCGGCGGGAAAUUUGAAAAUUUAAAAAAAAUUCAU